AUGGCCUUCACACUGCGUGUUGAACCCGCAACCGAAGACGACAUGCCACGAUGCAUGGAGAUAUUCAAUCGCGCCUUCGAAUUUGUGCCAAUUCAUGAAACGUCGCAUGGAAGAGACACCCCAGCUAAUCGGAUACGCAGCGGUAAACUUCACCUUCGAGGUCAGGAGGAACACAUGGCAAAGUUCCCCUCCGCGCCGGUAUGCAUCAAAUGUGUGCAGACAGACAGUGAAUCAAGGACAGAGAAGAUUGUGGGAUACGCGGAAUGGUACAUAUUUGACCGAAAUCGUACGGCGGAUGAGUGCGCUGACGAGGGCUUCAUGCUCACCUUUUCCUGGGUGGAGGAUGUGGAAGAACGCGAACGUUGCCUUGCUUUUGUAAAGCCCGGCAACGAAGCUCGCAGACGAUUAAUGGGAACUCAAGCGUUUGGCCAGUUGAAAUACAUGUGCGUUGAUUCAGCCCAUAAAAGACAAGGCAUCGGCUCAUCGGUUGUGCGUUGGGGAAUGGACCGAUGCGAGAAGCUUGGUAUCCCUGCUUACCUUGAGGCGAGCAGUGAGGGCAUGGCAAUGUAUCAAAAGCUCGGAUUCAAGGCAAUAGCCAGCACGGACGAAGACUCAAAUGUAUUCCCUGCGAUGAUAUGGUGGCCGAGUGGCGCUGGUAAUUGCUAA